AUGGAAAGUAUGUCGUUUUCUGGUCGUACAGAAGACGACAAGAAUUUUCGGGGGCGGCCGGCUAGCGGCCGUACUUGCGUCGAAAGCCAUUUGGGUCCGCAUGUGUACUACAGAGAAAAACUAGUCUCGACUUCCCGCUCGGAGCCUGAAUUGCCUGCAUCGCUGUCCGUGUCAACUGGCAACCGGUCCCCUCAUUCCUCAUCGGAGCAAGAAUCUCUUCCUUCGUCACCGAAUUAUACUCUGAGUCAUUUGCGCUGUCGGUCCUGUGGCCGCUCUCAAGGGAGAAACAGAAGCCCACCUGUUCCUUCCACUGUCAACUGGAGCCCAGUUUCUGGUGUAGCCACAUCCGACGUUGAACGCUACCCUGGGAAUAUGACAAAGUCGGACAGAGAGACAGUUUGCCAUCGGUGGACGACGAGGUUUAGAGUGUCGGCACCGCAAGUCGCAGAAUAUGGCGCAUUCUUCGAUAACGAACUUAUUAACGUACAGCUGACCCAGAGAGACCUGGAGGAGCUGAUGGUGCUGGUUCGACGGGAGCAAGAGACGAGGUUGCGCCGACGUGUGUACCCGAAGGAGAACCUUGGGGCGGUGGUGGAAGAGCAACGUCAGCAGAUUCGUGUACUGUCUUCAGAGUUAAAGAGGACACAAGCUGCUCUAGAGGAGAAAACAUUUCUUCUGGACCACGAAAAAGGGAGAAGUGACGCUCUUGCACGCCAGCUGAGAAUGCUGAGAAAACUUCGACUGUCAGAGAAGCAGGAACAGCAAGAGAAUCUCAGAAAUGCGGAGUGCAAACUGGAAAAAGAUCUCGAGAAGUAUGUGGAAGCUGCCCACAGUCAGGGUCUGUCAUUUUUUGACAGAACAACAGAAUCUGGGACAAGGGAGGCCGAUCAGCCUCAUGAUUCUUUCUCAGCCUUUACAGAAGGUGAAAAUUUCCUCACGUCCUUUGGCGCGGGUGAAGAACACAUGAUUCACGUGGAGGAACCCAGUGGAGUUGAGGAAGGCUGGUACGAUGACAGCUAUACUAGAGAAGUACCGAGUGAACUGUACUCGGGUGAGAAUGGGGGGAGUGCUGGAGCGUAG